GAAAUAGCCAAUAGGAAGCGUCGUGACACGGCUCUGACACCGUACCAAAGAAAGGGAAACGGGGCGGCUGACAGGUUUUGCAGCCCGACCAAUCGCUGUAUUUGUGGACAAAUCAGACAAACACCUCCAUGCCCCUUUCAUGUGACGUCUGUCCUCUGUAUGAGGACUCACUCAUCUCUUGCUGGAGAAGAUUGCAGACAUUCAGAGUUUGUCACAGUAACAAUGGCUCCUCAGUACGCCCCCAGUCUUCGCUCAAGACUUCCGAUUGUGACCUUGCUUCUGGAAAUCAUCUUUCUCCUACUCUUUGUCUUUUUUGUGAAAAUAGAGCAUCAGGAUCAAGUUUACAGAGAGUUUGACAGAAAGACCUUCAUCCUCUUAUAUGCAGAAUUCCAAGAUGUCCAUGUGAUGAUAUUCUUGGGCUUUGGAUUCUUGGCCACGUUCCUUGUACGAUACGGUUUUAGUGGAUCAGGGUUUAACAUGCUUGUGGCUGCAAUGGCCAUUCAGUGGUCCGUCCUGAUGAACGGCUUUCUGCUGCCACAACGCCACCACAAUAGAGAGAUCUACAUCAAUAUGAAGAGUGUUAUUGAGGCAGAGCUCUGUGCAGCUUCGGCCCUGAUUGCGAUGGGAGCGGUCCAUGGAAAAUUAAAUCCGGUCCAGCUUUUGCUUAUGGCCCUUUUGGAGGUCACAGGAUUCGUGGUCAACCAGUGGAUCCUGCAAACUCUGCUCCGUGCAGAUCUGCUGUACAGCAUCAUGCUGUUGCAUAUCUUCGGAGGCUUUUUUGGUGUGAUGGCAUCAUGGGUGCUGCACAGAGACCGAAUCAAACCAAAACACGAGAAAGAGAAAACAGACCGCAGGACUGGCUUAUUUUCUAUGUUAGGAACACUAUUCUUGUGGAUAUUCUGGCCCAGUUUUAACGCAGCAGUUGUAUAUCAGAAGUGGGAUAGAGGACUGAAGCUUAGCGUGAUUUAUGGGACGUAUCUAUCUCUGGCUGUCAGUGUUGUCGUGGCGAUGACGGUCUCUAUGCUCACAAGCUCGAAAGGAAAAAUGAACAUGGUGCAUGUCCAGGGCUCUGUCCUCUCUGGGGGUGUUGCUAUUGGAGUUGCCAUGACAGCAGUCCACACUCCAUGGAUUGCCAUGACGAUUGGCCUAUGUGCCGCUCUUUUAUCAUCCCUGGGAUUCCGGUACAUGAAGGGUCACAUGCUGUUAGCUUUUGAGUGUCAUGACACCUGUGGUGUCCUCAACGUUCAUGCCAUACCUGGAAUUCUCGGAUGGCUCGCUCAUUUAUUUCUACGGGUGGCCAGUACUGAAAGAACAAUAGCUUUGGAGUUUGCUGUGCAUCACAUCUGUGUUCUCUUCAUAACACUGUGCAUGAGUCUUGUAAGGGGUAUGGCCACAGGACUGUUUCUUAAACUGAGCAUUUGGAGACCUCAACAGGACAGGAAGUGUUUCGAUGACCAGGCAUUCUGGAAGGUGAUUGGUCGUUUUAAUCCUCAUACCCUUCAGUACCAUUAAUUGUAAAAUUAUUUACUUUAAAUUGUACUUAGCAUUUGAUUAAUCAAUCAUUUAUUUCUUAUGUAGUUUCCAAAUUUGGUGGUGGAGAAAUGAAGGUCAGGACACAGGACACUGAGGGCUACAGACAAAAUCAUGAACACAAUGUGUGUGUGAGUGUGUGAGAGAGAGAGAUAUGUUGCUUAAAUAAACAUUUUACAGCUAAA